AUGUCUGAACAAUCACAAGAACAAGCACAACCAGCUAAGGUUCCUAGAAGAAGGUUUGUUGGAUCUAAGAAAUCUGACGGUAAGGGUGUAACCACUAAGAAACAAGAUGGAACGGAAGUUGUUCAUAAACCAAGAACUUCCAGGAUAAAUAUUGGGAAAUCUAUCACUCAUAUCCCAGAUGACAUUCUAGAUGAUAAAGAAUUGAAUGAAGCUAUUAAGUUAUUACCUGAGAACUAUAAUUUCGAAAUACAUAAAACAAUUUGGAAUAUUAGAAAGCAUAAGGCCAAGCGUGUCGCGUUACAAAUGCCUGAAGGGUUAUUGAUUUUUUCAUUGAUCAUCAGUGAUAUUUUAGAACAAUUUUGCGAUGGUGUUGAAACCGUUGUUAUGGGUGAUGUAUCAUACGGGGCCUGUUGUAUCGACGAUUUCACCGCUAGAGCUCUCGAUUGUGAUUUUAUCGUACAUUAUGCCCAUUCAUGUCUAGUGCCUAUUGAUAUCACCACAAUCAAAGUCUUAUACGUGUUCGUCACGAUUAAUAUCGAUGAAACUCAUGUCAUCAAGACUUUACAAAAGAAUUUCCCUAAAGGGUCCAGAUUGGCAACGUUCGGUACUAUUCAAUUCAACCCAUGUGUUCAUAGUAUUAAAGAUAAAUUGCUGAACGAUGAUAAUCAUAUGUUAUAUAUCAUACCUCCUCAAAUUAAACCUUUAUCCAGAGGUGAAGUUUUAGGUUGUACGUCAGAAAGGUUGAACAAAGACCAAAUUGACGCAAUGGUCUUCAUCGGUGAUGGGAGGUUCCAUUUAGAGUCUGCUAUGAUACAUAAUCCAGAGAUACCUGCAUAUAGGUAUGAUCCUUAUAAUAGGAAAUUCACUUUAGAAGGUUACGAUCAAAAGCAAUUAGUUAGUGUGCGAUCUGACGCCAUUGAAACGGCACGUCGUGGGAAGACGUUUGGUCUCAUUCUGGGUGCAUUAGGUAGACAAGGUAAUAGAGGUACUGUUGAAAGAAUGGAAAGAAACUUGAAAGCUGCAGGUAAAACUGUUAUCAAGAUCAUAUUGAGUGAGAUCUUUCCUCAGAAACUAGCCAUGUUUGACGAGAUUGACGCGUUCGUUCAAGUUGCGUGCCCAAGAUUGUCAAUCGAUUGGGGGUAUGCAUUCAAUAAACCAUUAUUAACGCCUUACGAGGCAAGUGUACUUUUGGAAAAAGAUGUCAUGUUUAGCGAAACUUAUUACCCAAUGGAUUAUUAUGAAACGAAUGGGUAUGGGCGUGGUCAAAUUCCAGAACACGCAUAUGGAUUUACAGAUUAA